UCACUAUGCAGACAUGUUUUCCCUUCAGUCUUUCAGGAUGUCCAUGUGAUGAUAUUUGUUGGAUUUGGUUUCCUGAUGACCUUUCUGAAGAAAUAUGAGUUCAGCAGUGUUGGUAUCAACAUGCUCAUUGCUGCCUUCGGUCUCCAGUGGGGAACCCUGAUGCAAGGAUUUUGGCACAGGAAAGAAGGGAAAAUUCGUGUUGAUAUCAAAAGCAUGAUAAAUGCAGACUUCAGUACAGCAACUGCUUUGAUUUCAUUUGGAGCAGUCCUGGGAAAAACAAGUCCUGUUCAGAUGCUAAUCUUGACAAUUCUGGAGAUCACAAUCUUUGCAUGCAACGAACAUCUAGUUACAGAAAUACUUCAGGCCACAGAUGUUGGAGCCUCAAUGACUAUCCAUGCCUUUGGAGCUUAUUUUGGUUUGGCCGUAACCCUAGUCUUGUAUCGUCCUGGUUUGAAAAACAAACAUGAAAAUGAAGAAUCUACCUAUCAUUCGGACAUGUUUGCCAUGAUUGGUACCCUGUUCCUUUGGCUUUUUUGGCCCAGUUUUAACUCUGCCAUUGCAUCUGAUACAACUCACCAGAUGAAAGCCAUUAUCAACACUUACUAUUCCUUGGCUGCGUGUACUGUCGUAACAUUUGCCCUCUCCAGCCUGGUGGAUCAAAGGGGCAAAUUCAGUAUGGUUCUCAUUCAAAAUGCCACCCUGGCAGGAGGAGUAGCAGUGGGGACCUGUGCUGACCUGUCAAUCCACCCUUUUGCUGCCAUGUGCAUUGGGAUCAUUGCUGGAAUCAUCUCCAUCCUUGGGUUCCACUUCCUAACUCCUUUGUUGGCAUCCAAGCUGCACAUUCAAGACACUUGUGGAGUUCAUAAUUUACAUGGUUUACCUGGAAUACUGGGCGGUAUCGCUGGCAUUGUAGUAACUGCCAUAAAAGAAGAAACUAGGCAAGGUGUCCAAUUUACUCCUGGCAAGCAGGCUGCUGCCCUGGGCAGUACAAUUGGAAUUGCACUGGUGGGUGGAGCAUUGACAGGUGGUAUUCUAAAGCUGCCCUUCUUGGGACAAGCAUCCGACCAGAACUGCUUUGAUGACUCUGUUUAUUGGGAGGUUCCAGAAGAGGAGAAACUACAUGAAAUUCACUCCAACAACCAUGAUGAGCACAGCAGAUUUGAAGCCACCAUGUAG